CUCCACUGCCGCCCCGUUAAACUCUCACCAUAUUCCCCAGGUUACCAUGUUUUCAACGCGUUAUACAGGCAGGCGGAAGCGCAGCCCGACACGUUCCGCACAUGAUCCUUCUCUGGUGGAGGGUCGUGCCCGCAAUUCCACAUCGUCACCUUCCACACAACCUUAUAUUCGGCGAGAGCACAAUGUAUCUUUUCUUUCCUUGCACAUGACGGUCUCGAAUCUCGGCAGCAUCCCUUAUACGACUCAUGUCCCACAAGCACCGACCUGUUCCACACCGUCGGGCCCACUGGCGUCCAUUUCUUCAAGCAUUGGUAACAGAUUUUCUCCCCACCCAUCUUCUGCCCCGGUGUCACCUUUGGUAGACGGGCGGUGUCAGGUUGAGAACCUAACUUCCGGCUUCGGCUCAGGUGGUUCAAACCCGCUCAGAUCUUCACAGACCUCUCCCACAACCCCACGCUUUCGGUCAACGACGGAGUCUGAUAUCCAAUUCCCUCAAUACACGCCUCGUAAGAACAAGCAGAGUCACUUGCGACCGUCUACCGCUCCACAUCUGUCCCCUCAUCCGUUUAGUACUGGAACCAUCCCAGAUGUGCAGAUGCAAGGGAAGGGCUUUGAUAUUCCUCACAGGCUCACGAUGGGCAUCAAAAAUCUCUUGUCUAAGCCUGCACAACCUUCGCCAUCUCGCCAUUCACUCUUUUCGUCGCCUUCGGAUUCGGAUGUACCAUUACCACUGCAAGGUGUGCCGCGAAAGUCGCGCCCACCAGAUCUAGAUGUCGCUGCGUGUCCCUCCAGCUCUCCUCAGGCAAGCACUUUAUCAGAGGCCUAUUACCGACACACUGGGGACGCUGGGAAAGGAUCGGGCUCUUUGUCGUCGCCCUCGCCUCUCACGGACCAUCACAGUUAUGAUUCUCCGGGACGCCAGGUAUCUCUUCUUUCGCGAGGGCAUGAUGAAAAGCCUCGUAAUGUUUUGAGACGCCGGCCAAGCUCAGCCAAGUCUCUGAAGGAAAGGCGCGACAAGGCAACCCUGCAAGUGGAUAAGAGCUCCCCUGUGCUUGACAUAUCAGAUGCCCCGCCUCUCCCAUUAUCCAAAUUGGAAAGCAGGCACGGUGUCAGCAAUGGAGUACAGACGCCUACCAGGCUGAUUUCCAGGACUCACACGUUGGACGAAGUUUUCAUAGGCAACGGGGGCACGCACAGGCCUUCGCUUGAUACUCGGAGCGGACCACAGGUUCACGCCGAUGGACAGCGUGUUGACGGCGGCUCGACUUUUUCAACCAUACGGGGCGACGCCCCUCCACCUUCUCCAAUACCAUAUUACACUGUCUUUGGCACUUCUUCUGAACGCCGUGUUGCCGCAGGCGGACCUGAGGAUCGCUGGAUAGGUCUUGAAGGUCAAAUACCCGCAGGGCAACGUACACGCACCACACAGACCGGUGGACAUGCCCGUAGUUUGAGCCGGAAAGUGUCUGCGCAGUGGAAGAAGGUGACUGGAGGCAUCAUUACCUCGGAUCAGUCUCCAUCAAAUGCUAGCCUUAAAGCGGGACAUUUGAAAGGCAGUCCCAGUUUGCAGGAAUGGUCCCCGGAACGGUCAAGGGAGCGCAGUCGAUGUACCGGGAGGUCGAUGGACGGCAUGGUCAUGCUUAGCGGUCGAAACGACAUAUUGACUGGUCCUACCACCGGACGCGGGCGGUCCCAAACCGAUCCAAGCGCUGAAAAUACAGAUACUAAAGUUUCUGGUGAAAGUGGGAGACUAUGGGGGCUGAUGAAACGUAUAAGCACUGGUGGUUUGCGUGAGCGGUUUCAAGCUGAUAAGGAUACGGCGGUACCGCCUGUUCCCACAAUUCCCAAGAAUCUCGUAGGACGCAUCAACCAUUACGGACGGCCUAACCCGGACACCGACGCGGAUGCGGACAAUGCUAGUACCCCACCACAGCCACGUCGGCGCAGGUGUACUUCUCCCGAGAAACGGCCACAAGCUUAUCCUAGCGGCACCACUGUGUCUUCGUCACCCAACUCUGACGUCGCAUCUAACCAGUUCUUCCAAAGACCGCAGUCUGCACAGUCUUCCGCUUCUUCUUUUAGCGAGCUCAAAACUCCAGCUAUUCCCGAACUCGAUCGACAUAUCAUACCUCCGUUAGAGCAGCUCCGGUUAGGUGAGGACUACCCGAGGCCCGAUACUACAUCACCGCGGUCGACUCACUGUUGCUCAUCAUCCAUCUCUCCUUGCCCUUUGAGCGACAUUGACACCGAUAAACCAUUGCAAUCGGCUUCCCCUGGAGGCAGUCAUGGUGAUGCGUCGAAUCAAGCCCUCCUAGCUGACGGAGGGGUAGCUCUCUCACCCCCACCACUGCGUUCUCGGGGUAGACUUCGUACAUCUACCAGUCCGAGAUCCUCGCAGCCUGGCAGGGAGGGAGAUGCCGUGGUUUCGAGUUCUGCGCGAGUUUCAAGUGUGGGACGUCCAUCGCUUGAUCAACCUCUUGUCCGUGCUCAGUUGACCUUCCGUGAACUCGGCGCGCCUCGAAAACCCCCUCUUACCGAGGAAGAGAAAGCCGAUAUUUGGGAUAAUCUGCUUGCCCGUAGCGAGCAGGCGGGCGGUACACUUCACAUCGGUGUCGGUGAGCUCAUGUCCGACAACCUACGGCAUUCUUCGUGUUCAGAGUCAUGAAAUUUUUGGCCGUGUGGGAGAAAACCCAACACGCACACGACAUACACGAAUCCCAUACCUUGUAAUUCCCGACCUUCCACGAUUGCCGGUCUACGACUCGAACAACCUGCCGAAUGCCAUGCAUCAUAGUAAUUCACCGACUAUACAUUAGUGUUGGGUCUAAUGUGGAUUUUUUUUUUUCUUUUUCAUUUUUACUUCAAUUUCCCAAGUUGUUUAUGCCUUUGUCGUGUUGAAACGCACUUGCUACUGUAAAAAAUGUAAACUCGCUCAAUCGAAUACAAUGCUUUGUUAGUGCUUCA